UAACGAAUAACAGCCGCAUGCCGCAUGCUCUCUCUCUCUCUCUGAUAAUUUUGAUUGGCCAACAGAACACGAUUCUGACGAUUCAACAUGGAGUACAACGUGGAUACGGUAAAGAGCGACAACAAUGACAGCUGUCGCAACUCGUCCCCUUGUCCGGAACUCACGUCGAAUCCAAAGUCCAUUGAAAAUUCAGCGACAGAUACAAAGGAAUCUACGAUGGAAUGCGAAAACAAUGUCGACAACUCGGGGGAUACGGUCGUGGCGGCCACCUUGCAAGAACCAUCCACAGAGAAUAUAGACUUUACAGUGAUUUACAACAAACAGAAGAUUAGUGUAAAUUUUGCCUUCGAUGGCACAGUUGCCGAGUUAAAGACAUAUUUGCAAAAAAUUAUCUCAGUACCACAAGCGAUGCAGAAAGUUAUGUUUAAAGGAUUAGCCAAAGACGAUCAGACUCUUAGAAACUUGGGAGUCACGAAAGGUGCCAAAGUCAUGAUAGUUGGAUCAAAGUUAGAUGACGUAUUGGCUGUGUCAAUUCCAACGAAACAAGACCUCAUCGACGAGGCUGUUUCUUCGGUGAGCAAAGAACCUCUUUCGCAACAGAAAGUCCAUAGGAAAGUUUUAGACAAAGGUAUUCCAGAGGACGUGAUGCCAGGAAUACUAGAUAGUAAGGAACCUUUGCCUGAAUUUCCAUUAGCUGGAAUGUUAAAUAAGUCUGGAGGAAAAGUCAGACUAACAUUUAAAUUGGAACAAGAUCAGCUUUGGAUCGGCACGAAGGAAAGAACGGAUAAAAUACCUAUGAAUUCGAUAAAAGGUGUACACAGUGAACCUAUUCACGAUCAUCCUGAAUAUCAUGUUAUGGUAUGUGUAGUGUAUCGUUUAGACUUUAGCUCAUCACUUGUUA